AUGUUGCAGCACUUGAAGCUAGUCAUAACCGACCUCAACCUAUACCAAGCAGUGGCUCUUGCAGGAAUCCUAGCUUUCGCCAUCUCAUGGAGUCUAUGGGAGACCGAGUCUUAUUACCCAGGAUUCGAGGUCUAUGGUGUAGAGAAAGAAAGUGUCAGCCUAUAUGAUGCCAAGCAAAAGUUCAUGACGGAUGCACGCCGAAUAUUGUUUGACGGAGCAGCGAAAAUCAAUGGAGUUUUUCAAAUCGUAUCAGCCAACGGACCACGACUUAUACUGCCAAGCAACUACGCGGAUGAACUCAAAGGUCAUAAGAAUUUAUCGGCGCGGCGCCUGAUCGCUACUGACCUCUUUUCUCAUAUUCCUGGGUUCGAAGCUGCGAGGGCAUUAAUGCAUUCUGAUAUCAUUGUCGACACCAUUCGCAAGAACCUGACCAAUUCUUUGGGCCCAAUUGCUACUAUCCUACACAAGGAGACGGCUACAGGGAUUGAUCAAAUGUACUUUACCACCGAGCACUCCGACGGCUGGCGGAAAUACGACGAAAAGCAACACAGCAUUGGCUUGGUAGGCAUGCUGUCGACAAGGAUCUUCCUGGGGCCAGAAAUGGUCAAGAACAAGCGCUGGUUAGCCAUCACAACGGACUAUACCAUAGUCUUGAUGAUAGCCGCUCGUGCAUUACGUAUGUGGACGCCAGUUCUACGGCCUAUUGUCCACUGGUUUCUACCUGAGUGUACCGCUCUGCGUCGGGUCUCGAGAGAUGCAAGGAAUAUAAUCGACGAUGAAGUCUCGCGAAUAGAAGCCCACGUUGGGCAAUCAGACGCACUAUCGCCCUCCAAGUCUUCUAUCGGGAACUCUCUUGGCUGGAUGAGGGCUGCCGCAAAGGGCACCAACUUUAAUCUAGGAGACGGCCAGCUUUUUCUAUCAUUCGCAUCGUUACACACGACAUCGGACCUUCUUACCAAAACUCUGGUCAAUCUCUGCACCUUUCCCGAAUUCCAAGACUUGCUUCGGAAUGAGAUUCUCGAUACGCUUCGUGGACAGUCUUUUGAUCCAACAUGCAUUUCUCAGAUGCGUCUCUUGGACAGUUUCAUGAAGGAGACGCAACGCCUAGCACCAGCAUCGCUGUCGCUUAUGAAUCGACUUGUUGAAAAGAAAAUAACGCUCCACGAUGGCACAGUACUACCGAAUGGUGCCCUUAUCAGCGUUAUACCAAGUCGUCUCUAUGACGACGAGAUUUAUCCACAAGCAACAAAAUUUGACGGUUACAGAUUCCUCGAACUACGUGCUAGGCCUGGAGAAGAGACCCAUCAUCAGCUUGUACGAACGAACAUACACCAAGCCGGCUUUGGAUAUGGUAACCACUCUUGUCCAGGAAGGUUUUUCGCAUCACUCGAGAUCAAGAUUAUCCUGAUUCAUCUACUUCUGCGUUUCGAUUGGCGCAGAGAAGGCUCGGACAAUUCUCCGACAACUAUCUUUUCUGGAGCCGAAACUAUGUCAAAUCCUGAAAUCACUGUGUAUUAUAAGGAGCGCUUGACUGAACUGGAUCUGAAGUCAAUUCUCGAUCUCACUCCCGCUCCCCCAGACACUUAG